AUGGACUCUUUAUUGCGAGAAGAACUGCCAACAAUUGUAAGCAAUGGUGCGUUCGGAAAAAAUCUCAAGUAUGUAUCAUUUGAAUUGGACAAGGAUCUAGUCGGACAGGAUCAGUACAUGUCAACAGUAUUAUUUGGUACAGUCACCACAUCUGAUGAAUCAAAACAUCGUGCUGUGAUUAAGUUAAAACUUCGAGAUGAGAAAACGCGAAUUAAGUUUAAAAUCGAUUUUCAAUUCCACAACGAAAUUACGAUGUAUGAAAAAAUUAUACCAUUUAUAAUUGAAUGUUAUCGCUCUAUGAGAGGUGUUGGGGACUGUCCCACGUUGGCUAGAUACUUUUAUGGUCGUAAUAAAUGCGGCGAGUUUGCUGAAAAAGAUUUAAUAAUAUUGGAGAACGUCGUACCUCUGGGAUUCCGAUUGAGCGAAGAACGUCUGUUCAUCGACUAUGAUCACCUCUUAAUUGCGGUGCAAGCAUUAGCCAAGUUUCAUGGGUUGUCAUAUACAGCAAAACACAAAGACCCCGAGCACAUUCGAAAAAUUGUCAUGGACAUUCGUGAAACACAGUUUGACGAGGAAGGACAGUAUAAAUUUAAGAACAACGCAUUAAGUAGACUUGGUAAGCGAGGAGUUGACCGACUGCUUGAACGUAGCGGUGACCUUUAUCGGGACAACGAACACAUUCAACGAUUUAAAGAUCUAGUCGACGACGGGGACAACUCGCUGAUGCGUAUGUUCAAUCCCCGAGAACCAUUUUCCGUUGUGUGCCACGGAGACUUCAACCGGAACAAUGUGUUGUUCCAGUACAAUGGAGCGGGACUUCCUGUCGACAUAUUGCUGUUCGAUUUCGGGACGCCUCGUUAUGGUUCGCCGGCGUUAGAUCUUUCGUUUUUCUUGUACAUGAACACUACUCAAGAUUUGCGUGAAAAUCGGUGGGAUGACUUACUGAACGCGUACUGCUUGACCUUGGCGGAAUUCGUACCACCUGGUAUCCGCGUACCAAACAGGGCUGAACUUGACUCCGAAAUGUCCAAGUGUGCCUUAUAUGGAUUCGCACAUGCAUCAUUAUUCUUACCCUAUCAAAUAAAAGGAGCUGAUGAAGUUUAUGAUGUGGAAAUGGAUGAAAAACAAUCUUUGGAAUGGUUUCUACAGGUGGGCGGUGACACUGGGUCGGAAUUAGUAGCUGACAUGGUUCAACACAUCGUCGCCAUGAAAUACACGUAUGUGUAA